UGCGAUCCCGAGUCAGUCAGAUCUAUUCGAUUCCAAUGAAUUGUUACAUGCGCCUUUUUAAUUGCAUCUUACCGCAACGCGCGAAUUUCAUGUGUUGGAACGAAUCUACUUCGAUCAAGUUGUUCAAUUGAUCCACUUAUAGCUUCCAUUGAUAAACGCUGGACUUGGUGAUAACAUAGUACUAAUUCAAUUUGUAGUUUGUCAAUAUGCCUGCUAUCAACAAAGCCGUUGUCGCUCGCGACACCCUCAACCACAUCGUUCGUCGUCAAAACUGGGCUCAACAAGAAGCUGGCGUUAUCGUCGUCUUUUGCAUCGUUUUCGUCGUCGCUGUUGGUUUGAUCGGUCUCUGGAUAUCCAAGGCUGUUGCUAAGCGAAGAGCUAACAAGGCCGCUCUCCCCUCGUAAGGGCUAUCAAACGAGAACAUGCGGGGAGGUCCGGGGGUCUAGGGGGAAAGGGAAGGGAAGGGGAGAGAGGGGUUGGUGCAAACGACGGAACGAGACAUCAGUAACGUGUUACCCAUUUCGAUUCGACAAUCCGUCCGUCCUUCCCGAAUAUGGCAUAUCGUAUUCGAGGGACUUGGGACCUGAAGUCGGUGGUCCAAGAAAGUUAGCCAUGUCUUGUUACAUGCUCAACAUACCACUUAAUGGACUCUUA